AUGAUAAGAAAUGCCAACACAAAACUGAUGUUGGGCACGUCGUCAUGGCGUGAACAAUUCAUCGAUGCGCUGACCGUUGGUGCUGAUGAUGACGACGGUGAUGAUGAAGAGGGAGAAGAAGGAAGUGAUGAAUCAGAGAAGGAGCCACCAAGCUUUGGUGACUACGUCAUGCACUUCCUGACAAUGCCCUGGAAGUUGAUAUUCGCCACAAUCCCUCCAACUGAUUAUUGGGGAGGUUGGGCGUGUUUCGUCGUCUCGAUCUUCAUGAUCGGCGUCCUGACAGCAGUCAUCGGUGAUUUGGCGUCACAGUUUGGUUGCUGGGUCGGCCUCAAGGAUUCCGUCACUGCCAUUUCAUUCGUCGCUCUCGGAACCUCUGUACCCGAUACAUUCGCGUCAAAGGUGUCCGCUGUACAGGACAAAUAUGCUGAUAAUUCCAUCGGUAAUGUGACCGGAUCAAACGCAGUCAACGUAUUCCUUGGUAUCGGAAUCGCUUGGUCCAUGGCAGCCAUCUAUCACUUCUUCAAUGGAACGAAGUUCCUUGUCGACCCUGGAAACCUCGGUUUCUCCGUAUUGGUGUUCUGUUUGGAGGCGUGCGCCUGCAUCACAGUCAUCGUACUAAGGAGAGGGAAACUCGUUGGUGGAGAGCUUGGAGGCCCUAUAAAAUUCAGGGUACGCUUCUAUAUUCUUGAUUACCUUCACCAUAUUUUCAGCAUGUUCAGUUGA